AUGAGCAUUAGCGAAGCAAUAAGCCCGACACCCCAGUCCAGGAGAUUAAGCGUUCGUAAUGCCAUAAAGAGCUAUAGCGCCGGUGCCGCGCCGCUCGCCGCGGGGGCUCUUUGUGCCGUUUUAUUGAGGUCCACAGACUCCCCGAGGAGCGUUGCGAGCGCCUCCGCUAUUUGUCCUCGGCUCGGACGGCGCAGCGCCAGU